AUGUGUAUGCAAAGCAAAUUUUAUCGGUGUGACACGUUCACGCCGAACCGUUUAGUCGGGUAGCUAUGCUGCGUCCAAUACGAGAACUGUUGGGUAUGGGAUGCGCGGAGGACAGUGGCGUCGGCGGUGACUUUUGCUCGGGUAGAGGUGAAUGUCACAAUGGCACCUGCUUGUGCGAGAUCAGAUACUCUGGCGACGAGUGCGCCGGACCCAACCUGCCUUACCAUGCAGGUAUCAGUGGAGUAUUUUUCUUUGUGGCCCUCAUAAGCAUGAUUCAACUGCUUGUUUGUGUGGUAUCUGAAUAUCACAAAAUGAAGGCACCUUCAAUUCUUCGAGCUUGUAAAGUUACUACACAGAAACUUUUGUAUUUCGUUGUUUUUCUUGCCAGUUUAAUACGCGGGGCGUAUUUUACAACACCUGAGGAUUCAUCACCUGGAUGGACAAAGACAUUAUUAUCAGCUUUUUAUCCGCUCCUGAUGUCCGGUUCAAGUCUCAUUGUUUGUUUUUGGGCAGAGAUAUUCCAUCUCAGGGAUAUUCGGUGGGAGAAACCACAGUUUUUGUCAAAAUCUUUCCUAGGAUUUUUGACUUUCAAUUUGGUUUCUUACAGUCUUCUAGUUGCAGAGGUGGUGACCACUCAAUUUGCAGAGACUUCUGUAGAAGAUCGAAGUUUUUACACUCAUGUUUUCAAUGGAUGUUAUGCAGUACUGCUAUUUAUCGUGGUAGUAUUUUUCUUAAUAUACGGAGUUGAAGUUUACUUUAAGGUUCGUGGUGGAUUCAUACCAGAAUCACUAGGAUGCAUAAAUGCUCCCAUAGAACAUACUGUAAACAUUUCGCAACUGCAUCAGUCGCGAUUGGGAUUGCUGAGUCAGGCGUUUAUGCUGAUUAUUAUUGUUGGAUUUUUGUUUUCUGAAACUGUUGGAGAUAUAUGGAAGAAAAAAGUACCAGUGUAUUCUCGCAAUUGGCACGAUAUAGCAUUUCGUUUGGUGGAGAUCGGCGUAGCUUUAUGGUUUCCCUGUGUCCUUUGGAAUUGUAUGGCUCCUGAGCAGUUGUGGAUCCUAAACCCAAGACGACUUCUAAGUCGACAGGUCGAUCCAGCAGAAUUAUCAUCUAACAGAGGAGGAUCCGUCUCUACACCUGAUGAAGACGAAGCUUUCUUGAACGGCGGAGGAGAAGACUGUUGGAUUUGCUACGACAGAGAUCGUCCAGACCCGCUAAUUCGACCUUGCAAAUGUUCAGGUGACGUUAGCUCAGUUCACCAUGACUGCUUGCGCAGAUGGCUGGUCGAAGCCAGCUCUAAGAGCAAUUCUUCAGCUGAUAGUCUCAAAUGCAAAGUGUGCGGACAUCCGUAUGAAGUGGAAAAGUCAGACAGAUUGGACUGGGAACGCGGUUUUACGCCCCAGCAUUGGGCUCAAACUUUAUCUUUAGUUACUUUAAUGUGUUUGGCUGCUGCCGGAGCUUGGGUUACUGUGCAAUUAUUUGAAGAUCCUAUAGUUCGAGUGUUAAGUGCAGGUUUUGCACUUAUAAUAAUCUAUGUUUGUGUUAGAUUCCUUGGAUUGAACACUGUCUCUGCUUAUCAGCGAGCAAAGGUGUCCUCUCUCAAUAUAAUUGCUUCAAAAGACACCAGUUUCGCCAGCCUGGACGACACUCAGAAAUCUUUAAAUAUACAAUCUAUAAGUGAGACUGUUGCUGUUGACAUUACAUCUGGGAAAUUAGGCCUGGAGCAAGGAUUAUCUCCUAAUGUUUGUCCAAAUUCAACAUAAAAAUAUAUAUUUUAAAAUAUACCAUGAUUAUUUAGUAGCUGGAGAGUUUGAGGUAAAUUUUAAUGAUCAGUUCAUUGUUUGAAAUUAGUUUUGAACACAGACAAAAAAACAAGCAGUUUGUUGAUAUAUUUGAAUUCAAAACAAACUUGCAAUUCUCGAUUGCACAUUAAAUUCUGUUUUUUUUUCUGAUCACGGAUGAAGAGAUUUAAAAAUUUGGGUUUUGGGAGUGUUACAAAAUUCGCUCUGAGAAUAUACCGCGCGAAUUCUAAGUUGUUUACUCUAAUUUAUAUAAAUUAUAUUAGAAUGCUAAGAAUGAAAGCAGUCAAUCCCUAAAUAUAAAAUGAGAAAUAGUUUAGUUUUAAAGGCAGCGUACUCAAUAUAAUUAUAAUAAACAAAACAAAUUUUAUCUACAAUACAAACCCGUAAACGAAAACUUUUAUGUUGGAUUUGGUAUAAUUUCUUUUGUGAUAUCGGAAAUUAAAAAUUUCGUAUAGUAUAUUUAGACUAGCUCAUUACAAAUGCAUCUGAUUGUAUAUAAACUCAUAACAAAAUACUUCUUUUUAGUUUAGGUGUAGAUCACAUCCUUCCCUUAUUAUCUAAGAUAUAAACUGUAGUGAGAAAAACGUACUUAUAAACUAUAUACAAUAGUAUAACUAUGAAUAGCGAUAAUUAUUUCAUUUUCGUAGAAGACAAAGAUCAAUAAGUUAUUGCUCAUUAAAAUGCUUCAAGAAAUGAUCGAAUAUGAAUAUUAAAAUCAGUAUUUAAGCAAUGAUGGCCAUCAG